AUGCGCUCCCAUGGCUGGGGCAAGAAGUGGCGGAUCAGGUUUGAGCCCACAAAGUCACAGCUCAUGACGAUAGCCCAUCAGCGGCACAGGUGGCCUAUCAUGGACCUCACGUUUGGAGAUCACACUGUGUCUGAGCUAUCGGAGGUAAAACUCCUCGGCAUCACAUUUGACUCGGGCCUCUCCUUCAAGACCCACCUCCACAACACAGCACUCAAGGCGAGUUCUCGCCUGGGCUUCCUGCGCAAAGCUGCUCGCGUACUCGAUGGUGCUGGUAAACGAACCGUCUACAGAGGUUUUGUGAGGCCAGUCCUAGAGUAUGCGCCAUUGGUAUGGAUGGGAGCAGCUUCAAGCCAUCUGCGCCUUCUCGAUCGAGUGCAGAGACGCGCCCUCCACAUUCUUGGCCCUGAUGUCCUCCUCCAGAGUUUGGCAGCAAGGAGAUUGGUCGCCGGCCUCAGCUAUAUUAUGUAUAACCUGAUGUGUCUGGCAGGGCCACCGCAACUAACGUCGCUGGUCCCCUCACAGCUUCCUCCACGAACAUUUCUUCGAACUCGGUCCGACCACUCGGUGUGCCACGAGUCUCAGCUACAGAACGUCCUCCCGGCUUCCUCUCCUGAUUACGUGCGACGCUGCUUCCCAUACAGCAUCAUUGACGAGUGGAACAACUUGCCCCCAACUGUGCUGCAGUCUCCGCCACGCCUGACGUCCCUCCAGUCGUUCAAGGGCAAGGUGCAUCAGCACCUACGACAAAGCCGCUGGUAUUGGGCUACAGACUCGCUGUAA